AUGUAAAUCUAUUAUCAAAUUCAAUUAAUUAUAACAAACAUUACAGCAUAUCUCAUGAACUUCAUCAUCAUUACCUUACUUAUCAUCCCAAACUAUGCUUCCACAUCAAGCUCAAAUCCAAAAUACAAAUAUUAAACUUAUUAAUCCUAUAAGUAAUAUCAUCCAAACCCUUUAUUAAAUGACAAUCAAAUUAUUGAUGAAGCUUUCUUAAGUGAAAUCAUAAAUGAGAAUAUCUAAAUAAAAUGGAGAAGGGCGCCAUUUUUAAAUGAUACUAUUGAAUUACCUGAUAUUCUAUUUAGUUUAAAAGACUAAUAAGAAAUCUUAGUAAUAGGGUUCAAUCAAGACGGUCAUCAAUAUUAUGCUACCAGAAUUAGAGUUCGUUCCUUCUAACCCUUGAAAAUUUACAAUCGAACAGAUCAUAUACAGCUUAAAAAGUAAUUUUCAGUUCUUAAGGUGUUGUAAAUAGCAGAUCAAGUUGCUGAUAAACCCUAAUGUUAAGAGACUACUAUUAGUAGUGAUAAUGUUCAAUAACUCAUAUCGCUUUUAAAUAAUUGA